GCAGUUGUUGUGGUCGUGACGCGGCGGCGGCGAUCAGCUGGUAGUGGAUGCGGCUCAACGGGUUCACGCAAGGACUUUAGACCCACAUGGCAUUACCGCUCGACACCAGCUUGCCUUGAGUAUAAGAGGAGGAAGAAGAGCUACAGUUGAAUUAAUAUAGCAGAGAUGGGAGACCGUGGCCCAGGUAGAGGAAGAGGGAGAGGAAAAAGAGGAGGGAGAGGUGCAUGGGGAGGUUCUAAGAAUGAGCAAAAAGUUACUACACCAAGUGAUGGAUUCUGGGCCUGGAACACUACUGGACCUGGAAGGAAUCCACAGCGUGAGGCUGAGAGUAUCACCACAUCUCAUGUUGCAAAGAAAGAAGAAAAAAGCAAACCUGGAGAGAGGAAGUUUGCUGAAGCCUGCCAGAAGAUCCAGGAGUCCGUGGAACGUUACCUAGAGCGGCAUGACCUUGCACAGGAUACAGAUGAAGAUGAAGAUGAGGAUGACCUGGAGGAGGGAGCAAUCAUUGACCGAGUGUACCAGAGUUAUGGCCAAGGGACUGAUGGUCGAACCCAGCAGUAUCUACAAGAGGCUGUUAAGAGUGGUACCCUUGUUUGCCUUAUAUGCAUUGAUGGCAUAAAGCGUCUUGACCCUAUAUGGAAUUGUGGGGAGUGCUACAGCAGCUUCCACAUUCAGUGUAUCCAGAAGUGGGCCAAGGAUAGUAUCUUCCAGAUGUCUGAAGCCCAGGCUGACAGUGUCUCUGACCCAAGGGCUGUUCAGGCCAUGUCCAACCUUUCAUGGUGCUGUCCUAAGUGCCGUAGCCAGUACAGCCAGAGAGCCAUCCCUACCAGGUAUCUUUGUUUCUGUGGCAAAGUAGCUGAUCCAAAGUUUGACCCUUGGUUGCCUCCACAUUCAUGUGGAGAGAUCUGUGGCAGGAAGCUGAAACCCUUGUGUGGCCACUCAUGUCUCCUUCUCUGCCAUCCCGGUCCCUGUCCUCCCUGCCCAAAGAAUGUGAGUAAUUCCUGCCACUGUGGCCAGCAGCCCCCCAAGACAAGACGAUGCUCAACUAAGACAUGGUCAUGUGGCCAGCCAUGUGGACACACAUUAAGUUGUGGUCAACACUCCUGCCAGGAGCCAUGCCACCCUGGGGAAUGUUCGCCCUGCCCAAGGAAAAGCAUGCAGCCGUGCUCCUGUGGUGGCAGUACUCAGCUUCGGGAGUGUGCUCAGCCUGUCUGGCACUGUGAUAAGGUGUGCAACAAGCAACACAGCUGUGGUCAUCAUCGCUGCCAGCAAGUCUGUCAUAAAGGAAAGUGUGGUCCUUGUCCAAGCAGUGGGUUGCGAACAUGUCCAUGUGGCAAAACUUCCCACACUCUCCCUUGCACUCAAGAAAUUCCUAGCUGUGGAGAUACAUGUGGAAAAGAAUUAGCCUGUGGAGUUCAUCUGUGUGCUGAGCGUUGCCACAAAGGAGCUUGCCCUACGUGCCUACAGUUUCGGGUAAAACAGUGCCGUUGUGGAGCUCGGGAAAAAGAGACAGCCUGCAGCAAAGAAUUGGUGUGUGAACUCAAGUGUAAAAAGCUGAGAGACUGUGGCCGCCACACCUGUAGCAGGAAGUGCUGUGUUGGGGAUUGUCCACGGUGUGAACAGCAGUGUGGUCGAACACUUGGCUGCCGCACCCACCGCUGCGGGAGCCGUUGUCACCAGGGGCCAUGUUAUCCAUGCUCCAUUACUCACACACUGACCUGCAGGUGUGGCAAGACCUCUGUCACUGUCCCCUGUGGCAUCCACAAGACAGCUCGUCCUCCCAGGUGCUCUCAGCCCUGCAGGCGGCCUCCAGAUUGUCACCACCCAGAACGGAAGAAGCACAAGUGUCACCAAGGGGCGUGUCCUCCUUGUUCUAUGGUGUGUGGCCUUGAGCUUUCCUGUGGGCACAAAUGUCCACGCUCUUGUCACCAUGCAGUCCCUGUCAAGGUAGUAGACAAUAAGAAGCGUGCUGGUCCUUGGGAGCCCAUUGUUGCCCCUCAUAUUGAGAUCCAGAAGCAGCCGUGUCCUCCAUGCCAGGUGCCUGUGCCCACAACAUGCUUUGGCCGCCAUGAGACUCCAGAUUGGCCCUGCAGUGAUCUGCGACCUUAUUCCUGUGGGAGAAAAUGUGGCCGGGAACUGGCCUGCACCAACCACACCUGCCAGCAGGAAUGUCACACUGUGGAGGGUGCCCCUGAUUCUGUAAAGGCUGGCACCAAUUGUGCUCCUUGUGAGGCACUCUGUUCCAAGCCAAGGCCUGAAGGAUGCACUCAUGAGUGUGGGAAGCCAUGCCACCCAGGGAAGUGUUCUGCUUGCAAGUUGUUGGUGAAGAGUAAAUGCCAUUGCACACUAACUUUCUUGUACUUGGCAUGCCACUCCUUCACUAGUGGCACCCCAGAACAGAAAGAAGCAAUGCAGAGUUGCAAGAACCAAUGCAACAAACUGGUAUCAUGUGGGCACCGGUGCAGCAAAGAGUGUCACAGUGGAUCGUGCAGUGAGGCGAAGGACUGCCACAAGCGGGUUACCAUUCGCUGUGCUUGCAAGAGGCUGCGUAAGGAGUAUCCCUGCCCCAUGGUGACAAGUGGGAAAGUAAAACUGGAAUGUGAUGGAAUUUGUGCCAUCAAAUUGGAAGAAAAGAGAAAGGCACAGGAGGAAGAAGAGAAAAAGAAAUUGGAAGAGGAGCAAGCUAAGCAACGGAAGGAAGUGGAAGAGUUUGAGAGGAAGUUGGAAGGGAGAAAACACCGGCGACGAAACAGGCACCAGAUAGAGCCAGAAGUGGAGCCUAGUCUGUGGCAGAAGCAGAGCCGACUACUGCUUGGGACAGCCAUUUUGGUGGCAUUGGUUGGCUUUACCUUCUACCUGCUCACAUCUGAAGACUAAGACACAGUGAGGAAAGCAGUGAUGCACAUGGUAGGAUGCUGCGCACAAGAGGAGUUUGUACCCACACACUUACCAUGUGACUUGACUCCCAUGAUGUACCGGCUGCAUUGCUUUCUCCCAGCAGCAGUUGUCCUUCAUUUCUAACAAACUAUAGCAAACUGACAAGAAUUUUGUGCACUGCUGCAGAUAGGCAGCACAGGGGAAAAUGCUCUUAUAGAGACAUGGUAGACACUGACCAGCAGUCAUAUUACAGCAUGGG